AUGAUUUAUGAGGAUGAGGAUGGGAGUGUUAGGUUGCUUCCUGGGUACAAGUUUGAUCCCACUGAUGAGAUUCUUGUGAAUUUUUAUUUGAGGAGGAGGGUCUUUCACCAACCUCUUCCCGUUCAAAUCAUACCAGAUUUUGAUGUGUUUCAGACUGAGCCUUGGGAUCUUCUAGGAGGAGAUGGAAAGAUUUUUAAUGAGCGCAAGUGCUUCUUCCUCAACACCAUAGGUCGUGACCUAGAAAACCUUGACAUUAGAGUUACUGGAAAUGGUCAAUUGAGAGUUAUAGAGAAAGGAAAAGAUGUUCCUAUCCCUCGAAACAAUGAGGUGAUUGGAAAGAGGAACGCCUUGAAUUUCUGGGAAGUGCAAGGAGGUUGUUAUAUGAGGACCAAACGGGUGAUGCAUGAGUUCCGCCUUGCCUUAAUAGCUAACUCAUCUAAGUGUUUUUCGCACCUUCAGAGGGAACAUGCUGGUGAAGUUGAAACAGAAAGGAGAAAUGCAGGGGAAAACAAACAACAUCCCUUCCUCCAACUUCUAAUUACCCAGCAUAGCAAUUCUAAGCUCCUACCAGACCUUCAAGGGAGUAAGGCUACUGCUAACAUAUCAUCUGUUCAACCAAUUUCGACUUGGUGGUUUUGUCAUGUGUUGGAGGAAUUUCGACUUGGUGGUAUCUCAGGUGGUAUUUGGCCGAUCGAUGAGGAAAGUUUUUAA